AGCUGCACGUGUAACGAGCUGCUUGUACCAUCAUGGUCAACGCCAGCCACGUUUCUGCCAGAAGAGCAGUGACAGAUGAUCAGCAGAACCCAAGAGGUACAAAGCACCAUGCUGUGGACACCGAGGGUCUACCAGUGGACAGAGGCUAUGCGUGGGUCAUUGUUUUCGCGUGUUUGUUCAUCAACAUUCUAUACUUUGGUUUUUUUCGAGCGCUGUCCAUCUUGUUUGUAGACUUUGUCUUCAUGUUCCGGAAAUCAGUGGGAGAAACGACCCUCAUCUUUUCCUUUCAGUCUGUAACCGCCAGUGUAGGAGCCAUGUUGACACAGACGGUUGUGGUGAGGUUUCUCAGCGAGCGACAGCUUGUUGUCGUGGGAGGUUGUGUUGGUGGUGUUGGCAUGAUCCUCAGCUUCUUCGCCCCGAGUGUGUACACGCUGUACGUCACCAUCGGUGUCCUGUAUGGCAUCACCACCUCUUUCCUCCUAAACCCGACUGUCGUCAUCAUCACCAAGUACUUCAACAAGCGGCGCUCGCUGGCCACCGCCAUCUCGCAGCUGGGGGGCGGCCUGGGAAACAUGGUGUACCCCAUCUACACUCACACCCUGAAGACGGAGUAUGGCGCCCGUGGGGCGAUGAUGGUUCUGGGCGCCACGUUCUUCAACGUAAUGGUGGGCGGGAUGCUGCUGAGACCGCUUCAUCUGAACAAGAGAUCGACAUGGAAUUUCGAUAAACUAAACGUUGUUCUAGAGGAAGUCACAGCUCUUACCCACCUUGACGACGAAAGUGAGGCUGGUGACCCAGAAAUUGGCGGAACGACCGAUAUGAACCACGGUGUAGCUGACAAUAACCGACAUCAUCUUGCUGACGGGUCACAUGACUCUCAGGAGUCCCUACACAUGGCUCGCGCCGUCAGUGCAUCGGGAGUGACGAUAACUCCACCGGAAGUGACGCAUACUUUUAUCAACGCUCGUCAUAAAUUAGACAAACAAAAGUCAGAAGCAGGUGAGAAUAAAUUUAAGGAUGAAUUCCCUCUAGACCUCUCGUCAGAAAAUGCUGACAGAGAGACGGUUGGAGAAAAUGGCGACGAGUGGAGACAACCAGCACAGCCCCGGGGGGGAAGGAAUCCCUGCAGAGAGAUGCUGGCUGCCUUUGAUCUCAGCCUGCUGAAACUGCCGCUUUCCUGGAUGUUCAUUGUUGUCUCCUGUUUCUCAAAUACCGCUUUAUUAGCUGUUUUUUACCUUCCUCCUCUGGCCCAGGAGAGGAGGAUCAGCCCCCAGGAGGUCGCUAUCCUUCUGACCAUCAGUAGCGCGAGCAGCAUGACGUCACGCGUACUGCUUGGUUACCUGGCAGAUCUGAAUCUCAUCCGGCGUUCGACCUUACUGGCCUUGACCCUGUGUUUCGCCUCCGUGCUGACCUUCUUGGUUCCUGUGUACCACACGUUUACCUCCAUGGCGAUAUUCUCCUGCAUUCAUGGAGCCUUCGCGACUUCACAGAUGUCGUUGUUGCCGGUGGUGAUGGUGGACCUGAUGGGCUUGGCGCGCAUGAGCAAGACGCUGGGCUUGCAGUCCAUCCCCUUGGGGGCCACGAUCUCCGGGUGCCACUUCGUAGUAGGAUACCUUCGUGACGUCACCGGAAGUUAUGACCUACCCUUCAUCUUCCUGGCCUCCUGUACCAUGUUCAGCAGUCUCUGUCUCUUGGCGACACCGCUGGUAGAGAGAAUGGAAGUGCGCAUGCGCCAACCAACCGUGACCUUACAAGAAGCUCAGUAAAAAGCGCGCGCUGUGACGUCAGCAGCAGCAUCCGUGGUGGCGACUACUGACCUGCCUGCUGGUGAUGGAGAAAGUUGAGGCUACCUGGGUCGAGUACACAUUCCUCUAAGAGUUUUUUUUUUUUUUUUGUCUGAGUGUAUAAACGUGAGGUGAGGUACUCCUGUUCACGAGACAUCCCGACCCUAGGGGAACUCUCAGACCCUCGCAGUGCAUGGACACCAGACUACAGACACCUCCACUGACACACGACUGACAUCAGUACAAACACUCAUACCGGCACAAUACAUGAUUAUUUACAAUCUGUGGGAUAGGAAGAGAACGGGAACCGUCAAGGGUUGGCAGAGUUCACCCGGAUGUCUGCGACUGCUUUGUCUUGUGUUGUGGAGUAGUCUACCCUUGAGGGGUCGGCAAACCUGACUUUGUUUGUUAUUGUCGUAACCAGACUUGUUAGCAGAAAGCACUCUAUUUACUUUCAAAAGCUGUUGAGGUGAGUUUGAGUAGGUAUUUUUGAGUCAGUGAGUUGUUGAGAUUUGUAACCUGUAAGUGUAUUUUAGGCAGCUUUUCUUUGUUUAUUUUCGUGAGUUUCAUUUAUGGUUAUUUUUUCUUUUCGACUUACUUUGAAAGAUGUGUUUACUGCACUCUUAGUUCUUAUAAUGCAAAUUGCUUAUGUAAUAUUUGUUUGUAUGGUAAAUUUAAAACUAAAUGAUUGCUCUGUUAUAAAGAUUAUAUUAAUGUAACAUUG